AAACCAUUUAGACUGAAAAAUAUUUUUUGAAGUAAAGAAAAAACAUUGACAUAAACCACAUAUUUUUAUUUAAAAACUCAUAUAGUUUUCUGUAAAAAUAUAAUAAUAAUAACAAUAAUAAUAAUAAAGUAAAUACCAGUAGAGAGACGACAACGACUUUGACUUUUAAAACAACAUUUAGUAUUAGUAUUAAACUUGAAAUACAGUACUGUUUUUGUUAUAAUUACUGUUAUAUAUAUUAUUUGCCAUACAAUCAGUAUUGACACGUUCAGUGACAAUAAAAAAGUUUAGAUACAUUUUCACUAAAUAAAUAGUAGUUAUUAAAUAAAUAAAUAUAUAUAAUUGUCUAGUGUGUGAUAUUUGACUUUAUAUAAAUAGACUAAAUUUUUUGUAUGUGAUUGACAAAUAAGUUAUAAUAAUAAUAAUAAUGAUGACCACAAAUAUCUUAUUGCUAUUGUCAUCGAUUGUCAUCAUCAUCGGUGGUCUACCCAAUGAAAUACAGGGUCAAUGGCAUUCCGAUGGUUUUCAGUCAAUGCAUAACAAUUGGCUUAAUAUGAUGGGAAACAGUCAUAGAAUAAAUUCUAUGCCGACUUUCGGUAGUCUAGACAUGAGACUACCGGAGCGCGAAUCGGCGGCCGAACCAUUACAUCAUCAAGAGUUUGAUCCGUCGGUUGUUGUCGUUGACAAAGGUUCUGCCGAAGACACGGAAGCGGAACCAUCGCAUGAAUCGGAAUCAGAAAAUCCGUUUGAUAUGGAUUUUCCGUUAACAAUGGGUUUCAAUAGACCUAACUUCUGGUCGUUUGGCUUACCAUCGAGCCGUCAAAAGCCGUGGUGGAAGGGGCCAAAUGUUUGCAUCGAGAAAAAGGUCAUCAAAGGUGAUGAGGCCGUCAUUAGUACCAAAACUGGUGGUCUGGAGGUCGAGGAUCAAAGUCCGACAAUGAAUAUGCAAUUUCAAUCGUUUGGAUCCAAUUUACGCAACUCAUUGAGUCUUCAGUCAACUUCUUGCAGUGAAUCCGACACUUCCUAUACAUGUGUCUCAAAACUAAUUAAAGGCAGAGAAAAUACGACAACAAUUGUUAAGCGUCAAUGUUGUCACGGAUUUUUCAAAGAUACCAGUACUGGAUGUACUAAAAUGAAUCUCAAGAGUUUGGUGGAGACAAUGAAAGAUCUUAAUGCUAAUCGUAUGUUAAAAUUAAUUGAAAGGUUCGGUAUGUCCAACAUUUUGGUCGCCGAUAAUAUCACUGUACUGGCCGUUAUCGAUGAAUCGCUAAUUGAAUUAGAAGACAAUGUGACCAAAGAUGAGAAUGAAGUGGAAACACAAGACUUUUCCUAUCCAUCGGCUGUCCGGCGAAGACGUGAAACAAAUACAAUGCCCGACUCGAUUGCAAUGCAUUUGUUGCCCGGUUUUGUCAGAUCUGGCGAUAUGAACGACGACGUACUGGUGCCUACACUGAGUCCCUCCAAACAACAGAUCCGAUUCAAUGUCUAUCACACACACCCUAGACGAGUGGUCACUGCCAACUGUGUGCCACUGGUGUCGACCAAUAACUAUGCCAUCAAUGGUAUUGUUCAUAUAGUCAACAGAGUGAUGCCGUCGCCGACCAAGACGUUGAAACAAAUCAUUGAAAACGAUGAUCGGUUUACAAUUCUUGGACAAAUAUUGUCGAAGACUAAUCUAAUGGAUCAGUUGAAUGAUAGUAAACAACAUAUAACUCUGUUGGCGCCGACCGACGAAGCUUUUCGACGACUAGACAGCCUAUAUCUGGAAAGACUACUCAAAGGACAGUCGUGUGUCGACGCAUUGCUCAACAAUCAUAUUAUUGGUGACACUCUUUGCCUGUCAGCCGUACAAGAGUUUGCUUCAGUGAGAAAUAGAUUGGAAAAACUGUUGCCAAUCAAGAGAGUCAAUCAAAAAGUUGAGAUCAAUGGCAUAAAUGUUGUGGAAAGCGAUCAAUUGGCCACUAAUGGUGUGAUUCAUGUCAUCGACGGAGUCAUUUCAUCAGUUGAAUCGCAACCCAUAUCCAAGUUUCUCGAGAAACACCAGUUGACAGACUAUAUGAAACUGUUGAACGAUUCGGGUCUGUUAAGCGAAUGGGACGGACUGACUAAUGUGUCGUUUUUCAUACCGUCGAAGAAUGCAAUGAGAAGCCUAUCGCAGCCGGAUUUGGACAGAAUUCGCAACAAUACUAGAGAUCUGAUUGGCUAUCAUGUGGUCCCAACCAAAUCAGAAGUAUGCGACUGGACUGAAGAUCAACUGAUGAGGACAAUGAGCGACAAAAAUCAGAUGAUGAGAAUCAAUAUGUUUGGCAGCGAUAUACUUGGAUUCAGUUUGAGACCAGUGGUUACGGCUCAGUGCGCGCCGAUUAUUGCGCCCAAUCAAGACAUAUGCGGCGCUUCCAUAUAUGUUGUCGACCGCUUUCUUCAGCCAUCCAAAGGCACUCUACUGCAGACACUCGACUCGAUGGAAAACUUGUCUAUUAUCCGGCAAAUUGUCCAAACAAGUGGCAUCCAAGAACAGUUGACUGCUAACGGCACCUAUACAUUGCUGGCACCCGAUGAUGAAACUGUACGCAACUAUUAUUCUGUACCGCAAAUCAAUUCAAUGGUCAGCAAUCAGAAUGAAUCGGAAAAGUUUAUCAAAAGACAUUUGUUUGGAGAAAUUAUCUGCUGUUCGGGAGUUAACAAUUCGCCGCUAUUUCUGAGUUCGCAAGAGUUCCGAAAUUUGGACGGAAAGUUGGUGUCCGCCCAUCGGUCGUUCGCGGGUCGGGUUCGAUUCGGUACGGCACAGGUCACCCGUUGCGACCAAAUGGCCGACAACGGAGUCGUUCACGUAAUCAAUCGUGUUUUGACCAGAAAACGGCCAGAAAUGUCGUCAUCGCCGAUAAGUCACGACUUUUCGUUUCCAUUGCAAUUCGUAUUCUAAGGAAAAAAAAGUUCUUAAAAAAACUAUU